GCUGCAAAUAGUGUUCUACUGUCAGGCUGUCAACCACUUGUCAUUCAUUCUACUCCAUAAAAGAGGGAAUUUUAUAUUAUUCAUGUGCAUGAAUGAAUAAAUGAUCAAUUCUACGUAGUUGGUAGAAAAGAAAUGGAGUCCAAGAAGAAGUAUGAAUUCCAUUAUAUAAUUAAUAAUAUUCAGAGAAUCGCCCUUUAUGAAACAAAAGCAAGAUACUUCUUAGUGGGUUCCAAUAACAGCCAGACGAAAUUCCGUGUUUUGAAAAUUGACCGAAUGGAACCUCGUGAACUCAAUGUUGUUGAUGACCAUCAAGUUUAUUCCCGGGAGGAAAUCCAAAGUCUUUUAAGUAUGAUAGACGUUGGCAACCGCAAUAGGCAAGGAAGUUUAGGUACUCCAUUUGUUCCAGUUGCGUCUGCUUUUGGCAUUGUUGGAUUUGUACGAUUUUUGGAAGGGUAUUACAUUAUUUUAGUCACAAAGCGGAGACAUGCUGCGAUGAUUGGACACCACAGCAUUUACAAGAUAGAGGACACUGCUCUAAUAUACAUUCCUAAUGAUGGUGUGCGUAAAGCACACCCUGAUGAAGCACACUACUUAAAAAUGUUCCAAAGCAUUGACCUAUCUAGUAACUUCUACUUCAGCUAUAGCUAUGACAUGACUCAUACACUACAAAUGAAUUUAACAUUUCCGGCUUCCGGCAUUCCCAUUCCAUCAGAUUUGAAGAAAAACUAUUUUGAUGAAAUGGAAAGUGCAGAUGACCUUUUCUCUGAAAGCAGUCACGGCUCAAAGGAAUCAACUAACUCCAAGUCUAACUCAUGGCUUUUAAAACAAGCAAAAAGACAUUUUGGAAUUCGCAACAGCCCAAACCAAAGAUUUGUUUGGAAUUCCUACCUCCUUAAGCAGGUUGAAGCUGUACUUUGUCCUGAUUGGAUCUUGCAUGUCACUCAUGGAUUUGUCAGUCAGUCCAAUGUUUGUAUCUUUGGGUGCUCUGUGUACAUAACACUGAUAGCACGCCGCUCAAAUAAAUAUGCUGGAACACGUUUUCUCAAGAGAGGUUCUAAUUUUGAGGGGGAUGUUGGCAAUGAAGUUGAAACCGAACAAAUAGUGCACGACUCUGGAGUAUCAUCUCUUCACCAAGGCCGAUUUAGUUCAUUUGUACAGAUGCGUGGUUCCAUUCCUGCACACUGGAGUCAAGACAUUAGCAAAAUGGUUCCUAAACCUCCAAUUAUGUUUGACCUCAGUGAUCCAUUUUCAGAAACUGCAGGGAAACACAUAAAUAAGUUAUUGUCUCGUUAUGGAUCUCCUAUAAUAUUUCUUAAUUUGGUGAAAAAGAGAGAAAAAAAGAUUCAUGAGAGCCAGCUUAGUAUUGAGCUUAAUAAUGCUAUCAAAUACCUCAAUCAAUUUUUGCCUCCUCAACAUCACAUUGAGUAUGUGAGCUUUGACAUGGCAAGACAGAAUAAUCAAAAAGAUGUGAAUGUCAUGAAAAAGUUGGCCAAAAUAGCAUAUGACGCUAUUCAACGUACAGGUAUUUUCCAGAACUUUGAUCCAUACUAUCAACAUAAAAGUGAAUUUGUUGUUGGAAAACCAAAUCUGAUUGAUGGUCACGGCCGAGUCCAAACUGGUAUCAUUAGGGUAAACUGUGUGGACUGUCUGGACCGCACAAAUACUGCACAGUUUGCACUUGGAAAAUGUGCUCUAGGCUUUCAGUUGUGCGCUCUUGGUUUCAUCAGGGAGCCCAAACUUGAGUUUGAUUCAGAUUGUGUCCGCAUGCUGGAAAAUUUGUAUGAAGAUCAUGGAGACACGCUAGCUCUCCAAUAUGGUGGAUCUCAGCUAGUGCACCGAAUUAAAACAUACAGAAAAACAGCUCCAUGGACAUCUCAAGGCAAUGACAUUAUGCAAACCCUCAGCCGCUAUUACAGAAAUACGUUCUCAGAUACUGAAAAGCAGCAUACUAUCAACCUUUUUCUAGGGCUUUUUGUCCCAGAAGAAAAUAAACCUGCUAUUUGGGAGCUACAAACUGAUUAUUACAUGCAUCAUACUGUUUCACUUAGAAGGGAUGUUUGUCGUAGAGCUCCCCUCACUAUGUGGUGGGAUAAGGAAGUGUUAGAAGUUUUGCCUCGAUCGCUAGAAGAGGUCAAGCGGACUUACAUGCAGGUUCUUUUGGCUGAGCCAAGAGAUGAAUUGGUUGAUGCUUACCAAGACUAUUACCAGCCCCUGAGAUUUAGUGUUUUAGCAGAACUAUUCUCAUAUAAGAUCAGCAACUCUGUAAGAGAUUUCAUGCCUCACUGUACAACUGACUACAGUCCAUUUAUUGUAAGAGCAAGACCUGGGCGCAGAAGAGAGGAGUCAACUUCUCGGGGAGGUAUCAUGAAAAAUCCAUCACUCACUGGCCAAAGCUCUACAAGCUCAACAACAUCUAGUGCAAGUUCUGAAGAGGAAUCUGAUGUAGAAGAUGAUGUCAAUGUCCCAUCGGACACUCACAGCACACCAUCAUCUAAAGAUAGCAUUAAAACAGCUACAUUUGAAGCCAUGUUCCCCUGCAUGCAUCAAGUGUACGGUGUUCAACCUGAGGCACUGGGCCCAGGGGACUUGAAAUUGUUAAGAAGGUAUGUUAUCUUUGGACGUAAUGCCUCAAGACUGUCACAAAAAGAAGUAUUGAAUCGGCUCUUGACAACAAAAUUGUUUCAAAAGAGACAAUUUCCACCUCAAUCAACUGUCUGUAUGAAGCCUCCUGAAGUUACCUCUCACUCAAAAAAUUUAUAUGAGCAAUUUGUAGAUCGUGGAAGGAAGGGUUCUGCUAAUGUCUCUGCAGCUGAUCUAAGCAAGUAUAAUCUGUAUGUGACUGAUAGGACACUGGAAAUACGCCAUGUCCGCAUACUCCGCUUUACAUUGAGUGAUUGACCUCCACAGUUUAAUAUAGCUGACCUAAAUGAAACUUGAUCAAAAUGGAGCUGGACCUCCACUAGAAACUAAAAAAAAAAGGAACACAAAAUGUUAUAUGUUUUGCCAAAGUUUAUUACUUGUUAUUUUAAAGUUUAAAUAAAUUACAGAAAAUAUUGAA